CGGGUUGAGGGUUCACAGGGCAUGCGGAGGUCGUGUUGUGCUUUUUCUUUCGGCUCAUACUUUAGCUAGCAGUGGUUAGUGAUGUAAUGGCUUUCUUGACUUUGUUCAUGAGAAGGCAGCUGCCGCAGGCCGUGUGUCACUACGCCCGGCUGGUGAAGCAGGUCCAGCCGCCGGCCGCCGGUGCCACGCUGCGGAGACUGCACGGCUCAGCCCGGCAGCGGGUCGCGGAUAAGGGGCCGUGGGGGAAGAGCCGGGGGCCGGAGCAGCAGCAGUACCAGCUCACAGACCUCGACAAAGCCGACGCUUUGAUGCUGAAAAAGUCCCAUGAAACAGGCUUCCUCUCAUGGUUCAGGAACGGUCUGCUGGCGACCGGGAUCGGAGUCAUCGCAUUCGUCCAAAGCGAUGUGGGACGAGAAGCAGGAUAUGCCUUCUUUAUCCUGGGAGGUGCGUGCGUGUCGUUUGGCGGUGCCUCGUAUAUUGGCAGCCUCUUUGCCUUGCGGAGGAUGAUGCUGCUGUCUGUGCCAGCACUGCUGUUCCAAGGAGCCGUGGUGGGCAGCGUCGCCCUCUUCUGGCUCUGCGCUGUAUCGCUCUACAUCGGACGAUUAGAGGUGGAGAUCAUCCACGAGGGAGAGGAGGGAGAGGAUGAAGAGGAGUGCCGAGAGUGCCGGGAGAGGCGCGAAAACCGGGGUUACCGUGGCCCCCGCGACAGUGAGGACAGUGACGGCAAGGGGCAAAACAAGUAGAGGUCUUCCAGGAAUGCAGAGUGGAAAGCUGUGCAUGUGUGCUGCUCCAAUUCAGGGUUUCCCUUAUUUCUAUGUGUGUGGAUUUUGUGUACAUGUGCGUGUAUAAGCAGCCUACAUAUGCAGGCCAUGUGUGAGUCUGUAGAUACGAUCUUAUUAUCUGUUGUUAUCAAGAUGAAUAUUAAUGUGGGGAAAGACUUUUAAGACCUUUUUGAAAACUGGUCGAAGAAAUUUGUGAAACACGCUGGUAAAUGGGUAGUUUAACUACCUUCGAAAAUAAAUCAACAUUUUGUAAGUUUUGUUAUAACUACAUGUAGCCAGAGCUGAGUCUCUUACGUCAUCAGUCUGAAUUGUUUUCUUUUUCUUUUUACAUUCUGCAAAGACUCGCUGAGAACGCCACGUUAUUUCUUCAAGUUUACUUUUUGCUGCCCUAUAUCAUUUUAAUCCUCAUUCACAGCCAACUGUUGUUGGGUGCUGUUUGUCUUAUUCAGUAUAAUUAACUGUGAAUGACUACUUGAAGUUUUCUUGAAAAUGUGGAACUAAAACAAGCUGGAUGUGAUAAACUGCGAGACCUACGAGGAGGACUGCGGAGUGUGUGUUUCAGGUCUGUAAUUUUGUUUUGAUCAAAAAUCUCUGAGGG